AUGCGUCUCCCUCCUACUCCAACAGAAGCGCCGUCUCCCCUCAAUGUUCGCCAACAACUCAUCCUUACACAAACCGUUGUCCAUCCAUCCACCACCUUUGUGACAACCAUCACUUUCGGCGCCAUCGAGCCAGAGGCCACAAGCACAGCCGCCGCUGUGCCUAUCCCCGUAUCGCACCACCAUGGCCUUUCCGGCAGCGAAAUAGGCGCCAUACUGGGCUCUGUGGUUGGCGUCGUUGUAUUGGCCCUCAUCAUCGGUUUCUGCUACGUUGGGAACAAAAGGACUGCCAUCGCAAAUGAAGAGGAGAAGGUGAAGAAAAGGAAACGAAGAAACUCUCACAGCACGCGCAGCAGUACCCACGGUGUAUAUCAAUAUUCGGAGGAGGACGUUUACUAUUAUACGGCCCCUAAAAAGAAGUCUUCCACAAAGAAGGCCAGCGUCUCGGUUCAGACGCCGGCUCCGGCGGUUGUCUCGGAGAGGAUACCUGGAGGCCCCAAGUUUCCCAGCUACCGCGCAAUCCCGAUAUCAAACCCAAGAAAUCCUCAGAUUCGGCGUACAGGAUGA